CACUCCGCCCAGGGUCUUCGAACCGGAAGUGUUCUCUUCCCUGACUAAAAAUGGCGGCCACUGCCUCACUCGCCCACCUCGUCUAGCCAAUGGACACCCGACGUUCCGCUGACUCACAUCCGCAACCGCUGGCUCUUAGGUGAUCUGAUGCAACAACGCCUCAGUCAAGGAAGCCUUAGAGUGCACGUUGCGGGGAGCGGGUGGCGGUGGUGCAGUGUCGAUGUCCUCAGAGGUGGUCAGGGGGACUGCAGAGAUGGUUCUCGAGCUCUAUGUCUCUGACCGAGAAGGAAAUGAUGCAACGGGAGAUGGAACCAAGGAGAAACCAUUCAAAACAGGCCUAAAGGCUUUGAUGACAGUUGGAAAAGAGCCGUUUCCCACCAUUUAUGUGGAUUCACAAAAGGAAAAUGAGAGGUGGGAUGUUAUUUCUAAGUCACAGAUGAAGAACAUCAAGAAGAUGUGGCACAGAGAACAGAUGAAGAACGAUUCUCGGGAGAAGAAAGAGGCAGAAGAUAACUUACGAAGAGAAAAGAACUUGGAGGAAGCAAAAAAAAUUAUCAUUAAAAAUGACCCGAGCCUACCAGAGCCGGCAUGUGUAAAGAUUCGUGCGUUAGAAGGAUACAGAGGCAAGAGAGUGAAGGUGUUUGGCUGGGUCCACAGAUUACGCAGGCAAGGAAAGAAUUUGAUGUUUUUGGUGUUGCGAGAUGGUACGGGUUAUCUUCAGUGUGUCUUGUCAGAUGACUUGUGUCAAUGCUACAAUGGAGUAGUCUUGUCCACGGAGAGUAGUGUGGCAGUGUAUGGAACACUAAACCUAACUCCAAAGGGCAAACAGGCUCCGGGAGGCCAUGAGCUGAGCUGCGACUUCUGGGAACUUGUGGGGCUGGCUCCAGCUGGAGGGGCUGAUAACCUGAUCAACGAGGAAUCGGAUGUGGACGUCCAGCUCAACAACCGGCACAUGAUGAUCCGGGGAGAGAACAUGUCCAAAAUCCUGAAAGCACGGUCCAUGAUCACCAGGUGUUUUAGGGACCACUUCUUCGACAGGGGGUACUGUGAAGUUACCACUCCAACACUGGUGCAGACGCAGGUGGAAGGUGGGGCCACACUCUUCAAGCUUGACUAUUUCGGGGAAGAAGCAUUUUUGACCCAGUCCUCACAGUUGUACCUGGAGACCUGCCUUCCAGCCCUGGGAGAUGUUUUUUGUAUAGCCCAGUCAUACAGGGCCGAACAGUCCAGGACACGGAGACACCUGGCUGAGUUCACUCACGUGGAAGCCGAGUGCCCUUUCCUGACCUUUGAGGACCUCCUGAACCGUUUAGAGGACCUAGUGUGUGAUGUGGUGGCCAGAGUCUUGAAGUCACCAGUGGCAAGCAUAGUGCAUGACCUCCACCCGAACUUUAAACCCCCCAAACGACCCUUCCGCCGGAUGAACUAUCGCGAUGCUAUUGAGUGGCUGAGGGAGCAUGAUGUAAAGAAAGAAGAUGGGACAUUCUACGAGUUUGGAGAUGAUAUUCCCGAAGCGCCAGAGAGACUGAUGACAGACACCAUUAAUGAACCAAUCCUGCUGUGUCGAUUUCCUGUGGAGAUUAAGUCCUUCUAUAUGCAGCGCUGUCCUGAGGAUCCUCGCCUUACUGAAUCUGUAGACGUGUUGAUGCCCAACGUCGGUGAGAUUGUGGGAGGCUCGAUGCGCUCCUGGGACAGUGAGGAGAUUCUAGAAGGCUAUAAGAGGGAAGGGAUUGACCCCGCUCCCUAUUACUGGUAUACAGAUCAGAGAAAAUAUGGCACAUGUCCUCAUGGAGGGUACGGCUUGGGCUUGGAGCGAUUUCUCAGCUGGAUUCUGAACAGGCAUCACAUCCGAGAUGUGUGCUUAUACCCUCGGUUUCUCCAGCGCUGCACGCCCUGACCUCGAGGGGAUGAAAAGUUAAGACUACUGGUCUCUGCAAAAGAACAAAUGCCCAGAUUGCCCCUUGACGUCCGGUUGGGGGUAGUAGCUUUCUCCUGCCUUUGUGUUCUUUCUUCCCAUUGUCACAAGAAGCAGUAGGUGUCACUUGAACAUCAAGUGGCAUUGGUAUUGUUCCUCUAAUAAAAAUACUCAUGACAAAAUUGUCACGUCACUCUUUAGUUAUGGAAAUAUUUUACUGAGCUGUAGAUUACAAUCAUCGUAUUAAAUAAGUCUAUUAAUUAAGCCAUAUAUGACUAUACAGUUUUUAAUUAUGGUCUGGCAUUCCAGUGACUCCAUCUUUUAAGUGUCACUGGAGUUCUUUAAUUUAUUAUAUACAUCAGUUACAGCAAGCAUCUAAAAGAGUAAUUGGCUCUUUGACGUAAAGGAUACUGGAGUUGAAUACAUAGCCUUUACGUUCACUAUAUCUUUUCUAAAUUCAUACAGUGUCUAUUCUGAGGGGUAUGAGUUGACAGGGAAAAAAUUAUUGAAGUGGAAUUGGAUUAUAAUUUGCAGUGAGCAUGAUUUGGAUGGUGGGUUAUUCACAUGAUUCCAACCCCCUCAACCUUUAGUUUAAGAACAGAGGGCAGGUGGGGCUUCCCUCUUUGAUGUAAUUCCUGGGUGACAAAAUGUAAAUCUGUUUCCAAAGGCUUUGCCCUUGGAAUCUUAGCCACCAUAGACAGCUAGGUGAUCCCUGCCUCGCUUGCUCGCUUGUCCUUAGGUGCCAUCUGCGCAGCCUUGUAGGCUCAGCAGGAUCACUGAUGGCUGCAGUGCCCAGUUGCUCUCCUCAAUGCAUGCCAUGUGUUCUGAUGUAACUAAUAAAUGAGCAGUAGUUAAAAA